AUGAGCAUCUACAGCUUCCUGAUCGCCGUGCGCUCCGAUGGCCAGCAGCUCAUGAACGAGGCGGGCGAGACCACCUCUCACAUUAUAGGUAUGUUCUACCGCAUACUGCGCAUGGUCGACAACGGCAUCAAGCCGCUCUACGUCUUCGACGACGCCCCGCCCAAGCUCCAGUCGGGCGAGCUGGCCAAGUGCUUCCAGCGCAAGUCCAAGGCCCAAGAAGCCCACCAGGAGGCCAAGGAGACCGGCACCGCCGAGGAAGUCGAAAAGCUCUCGAGGCGCGCUUCUUGGAUAUCGCCUCACUCCGCGGCCCAUCAGGAAUGCCAGCUCAUCCGGCAGCUCACCCAUCGCUCAUUCGGCGGUUGA